AUGUCGUCGUCCCCCGGCCCUCAGUCUGUCAAGAACCCUCUCGUCAUCACCAGUCUCCCCCCAGAGCUCGUUAUGCGCAUCAUAGACCUCACACACCCGUCCGACCACGUAAACCUAGCCUACACAUGCAAGAAAAUCGCCCAAUGCUCCAGUGCCGUCCUCCGGUGCCACCGCGAAGCCCACGAAAAACGGCAUACGGUCUCGGAUCUGCUCCCUGAUAGUAUCCUCAAUCUUCUACGGAGUAUCGUCUGGGGAGGCAAGGAUGCCAUCAGUGCAUGGCAUACUCGCUUCCUAGAGAUAUGGGGACCGCGUACAAAAUGGGAAGAAUGGGUGCCGUUUAUGCUCGAGCCGCCUGAGCGGUUCGACCAAGCUGCGUUCCCUUGCAAAUUUUCUUUUGAUGACGGGGAGGUGGAAGAUUACAUGCGUCUUCUCGAAGACGAGCUGCAUCUGACCCCCGAAGUCCGGUCAUCCUGCGAAGAAAGCCUGAGGAGCGGCCAAGAUGACGUUCUCAAAGUUCUCGUCAUUGCUCUCUGCCCUUACCUGGAGAGCCUGAAAUACAUCUGGACCAAGAAUGACGGCGAUGGAGACAGCAGCCUUCACCGACUUGCUGCAGCCAUCGCAGCUGGCAAAAAGGAAGGAUGCUGGCCGCCGGGCCUUUGGUCUCUGCGCGAAGUCGCCGUCGGCGUGAACUCUGGAACCUGGCUCGACGAAACUCCUGACGAGGUCCGAUACUUUCCAGAAACCCUAGCAGAACUUCUCAAGCUUCCCCGGAUUGAGUCGAUUUACUACCACGGCUUAUUCCUUGGGUAUGAUGGAUAUGAAGAUGAGUAUGAUAGCCGGCAGAUCAGGGAGCGGCGCAGAGGCAUGCCGCACCCAGACGAUCCAAUCUGCGACCUCACACCCGGCUGCUCCUCUGUGGAGCAUCUCGUCCUUCACCACUUCGGCGGGGUAGACAUGGAAAACUACCUUGAAGCUUUACUGGCUGCCCCUCGCGCCCUGAAGUCUCUCGCCCUUCGCGGGAAUGAUGGAUACGAUCCGUGGAGCAACAUCCAAGACGUCGUAACGAUCGUCCGCGAAAGACACAGCAGCUCGCUCGAGAGCCUGAUGAUGUACAACGCUAAUAUGCUACACGGCGGCUUUGGCUGCAUGCUGUACAGUCCCGAUUGUGUCGGUCUGCAAAACUUCACCAACCUGCGUCAUGCGUAUGUGGACCACAAUGAGCUCACUGAAGCGAGUUUGAGCGUACACGCCGAGGCUUUCACAAAUCCAGGGGCACAUAGUGAUGACGAAUGUGAGAAAUAUCUGGAGCAUGUCAUCUCGCACUUUCCCAAGUCGAUGGAAGUACUGCUACUGGCGGGCUGGCGCGUGCACGAGAACGCCAUCGCCACGGAGAGAUGCAUGAUCCGCCUCAUUGAAUCCAGGAGAUAUCCGAAACUGAAAGCAAUUCAUAUCCAAGACAACAGUACAUGGCGGCCGAGCGAGACGCUGCUCUUCCAGCGGCUCAUCGAGGUUGGCCAGCGGUAUAACAUCGACAUCGUGACGGCCAGCGCGGGGAACAGGCAAAGGAUCCAUCAGAUUGACUUCCAUGCUCCGCCCGACUACUACGAUCUUGCUUCGGGGCCUCACGCUCGGGACAGGGAUCACGGCGAAUGGGUUUUCAGUCCUUUUUCGGGCCGAUGGGAACCCAAAGGCUGUGGGAACUGCGGGAACUGCGAGGAAUGUUUUUAUGUCUACACCCGAGAAGCGUGGGAGACCCGGGGUGCGGUCGUUGAUCGGACUCCUCAGGAGGAGUCCGCCACCGCCAAAUGA